GUGAAAUAUAAAAUAUUCUAAAGUUGCAAAUAAUAAAAAUCAGAGGUAGUACUCCGUAAUAUUUUUGAGAAGAGAAGGUCAGAUUUAAUAUAUACCGCAUUAAUAUAUCAACUUUAAAAAGCUCUCACAUAAAAGGAUGUAAUGACUAUAAAACCAUUAAUCCAAAACUUCAACAAUCCUAUCUAAAAUAUUACAAUUAAAAAAGAAAAAGAAAAAGUAUAUGACACAAAAAGAAUAAAACUAAACAAGAAAGAAUAAAAGUUAGGAUUAAAAUAUACACCAACUUUCACCCCCCAAGUACAACCUCUUGGUGGGUAGCAAGUGCAAGGCUUUGGCAGUCGCGCAACUCUGAAAGCACACAAACAUACACACACACUCACACUCACACUCACACUCACACUCACACUCACACUCACACUAGGCUAUUAUUUUUGUGUAGUCCUAAAUUGUACUUGCAUUGUUGUAUAUUUAUAUUAUUACUCAAAAGAAUACCACGCCAAAAACCCAUACUCUGAAUUCCUCCCAAGUCCCACCCAUCUUUCUAUCUAUCUAUCCCAUUUACCCAAACCCCCACAUGCUCCCCCUUCCAUUUCCCAAUUCACCUUCUUCAUCAUCAUCUCCACCACCACCAUUAUUAUCUUUUCUCAUUACUCAUUACUCUUACCUUCUAUCAGUAUAAACAAACAUACAACGUCGUAUCCAUCUAUCUAUCUAUUUAUCUGUCUAUACUAUAUCGUGUUAUGUUAGCUAGCUAGAGGUAGCUAGUAACUAACUAACUGCGACGAUUUGGGUUACCAUUGAGAAUUUCCUUGCUGGUGUUGAAAAUUAAAAUACACGACCAUGAUCACUCUAUUGGAUUUCUACCAUGUAAUGACGGCCAUGGUGCCGCUUUACGUGGCUAUGAUCCUCGCUUACGGUUCGGUUAAGUGGUGGAAAAUCUUUAGUCCCGAUCAAUGUUCGGGUAUUAAUAGAUUUGUAGCGUUGUUCGCGGUUCCACUUCUUUCGUUCCAUUUCAUUUCGAGUAAUAACCCGUACACGAUGAACCUAAGGUUCAUCGCGGCGGAUACUCUUCAAAAAGUGAUCGUCCUGACCGCGCUUGCGAUCUGGAGUAGGGUAAGCAAGCGCGGUUCACUCGAGUGGACGAUCACGUUAUUUUCAUUGUCAACGCUUCCAAACACACUUGUUAUGGGUAUCCCUUUAUUAAAAGGAAUGUACGGGGAUUUUUCGGGUAGUCUUAUGGUACAAAUUGUUGUGUUACAAUGUAUCAUUUGGUACACGUUAAUGUUGUUCAUGUUCGAAUAUCGAGCAGCUAGGAUGCUGAUAUCCGAACAGUUUCCGGACUCUGCCGCCUCCAUCGUGUCGAUCCAUGUCGACUCCGAUGUCGUCUCAUUAGACGGGCGGCAGGUCCUUGAGACCGAGGCCGAAAUAAAAGAAGAUGGAAAGUUACACGUGACCGUGCGCAGGUCUAACGCGUCACGGUCCGAUAUUUUCUCUAGAAGGUCACACGGGUUUUCUUCGACGACUCCUAGGCCGUCGAAUUUAACCAAUGCCGAAAUUUACUCCUUACAAUCGUCUAGGAACCCGACACCGCGAGGGUCGAGUUUUAAUCACACCGAUUUCUACUCAAUGACCGGUGGUGGUGGUGGAAGGAGGUCAAACUUUGGUGCAGGAGAUGUUUACGAGUUAGGUUUGACCACCUCUAGGGGUCCCACUCCAAGACCUUCUAACUUCGAGGAAGAUAAUGGGGGUAAUAGUAACAGGCCUCAGCAGCCGAAGUACACACAAUAUCCCGCGCCUAAUCCAGGGAUGUUUUCUCCUACUAAGAAGGAUAAUAGUAGUACUGGAAUAGCUAAAACCAAUAGUAUUACGAACACGAUAACAACCACGAGUACAAAUACUAAUACUAAUAGUAACGCGGCCGCGAAGAAGACUAAGGGUGGAGAUGAAGCUGGGAAGGAUCUUCAUAUGUUUGUAUGGAGUGCUGGUAAUUCCCCUGUAUCGGAUGUAUUUGGUGGGCAUGAUCAUUAUGGUGUUGCAGCUGAUCAGUCUAUUAAGGAAGUUCGGAUGAAUGUGUCUCCUAGUAAAGUGGAGGGUGGAAGAGAUAAUAAUCAAGAAGAAUUCAUGAAUGGAGAUGAAUUUAGCUUUGGAAAUAGAGGAAUAGAAGGAGAAAUGAAAGAGCAUGCGAAAGUGGAUGAUGGAAAGCCCAAAACUUUACCACCAGCUAGUGUUAUGACAAGACUCAUACUCAUCAUGGUUUGGAGGAAACUUAUUAGAAAUCCCAACACUUAUUCAAGUUUAAUUGGCCUUACUUGGUCUUUGGUCUCCUUCAGGUAUCACGUAGAGAUGCCGGCCAUAAUAGCAAAGUCGAUAUCGAUAUUGUCGGAUGCAGGGCUUGGCAUGGCCAUGUUCAGUCUAGGAUUGUUCAUGGCAUUGCAACCAAGGAUAAUAGCAUGUGGAAAUUCGGUAGCAACAUUUUCAAUGGCAGUACGAUUCCUAACUGGCCCAGCUGUCAUGGCUGCUGCUUCCAUUGUUGUUGGCCUUCGUGGUGUUCUUUUACACGUUGCCAUCGUCCAGGCAGCACUCCCACAAGGAAUAGUUCCCUUUGUAUUCGCCAAGGAGUACAAUGUUCAUCCUGAUAUUCUUAGCACAGGCGUCAUAUUUGGAAUGCUAAUCGCGCUACCAAUCACACUCCUCUACUACAUUUUGUUGGGUCUAUAGACUUUGUUUUAAUUUGUUGUAUGUAAACUUCAAGACUAAGUGGUUAAUUAAUUCUAGGGAUAAGGGGGAGUAAGUAAGAGGUUGAUUUUAUGAGUUUUUUUCUUUGCAAAAAAUUAUGUAAAAUUAUGCUUGUAGUCCAUUUAUUUAUAGAUAAAAUGAAUCCUGAAAAUUUUAGUUUA